CGACGUGUACUUAAACUGUGCGAACAGCGGAAAGGCGAACAAAGUGGCAGCAGGAAGGCGACAAGGAAGCUGCGAGCCGCGACAGAAAGCAGACGGAACGGACGGCUCGUUGGAAACAGUCCGGCAUCGCGCGUCCUGAGGACAGUUCGCCGAAAAGUUGCGAAACAGCCGACGAUUUAUCGUGACCGAGAUGACGUUCAAGUCCUUGAUGAACUUCGGGAACUUCGCUAAGGAUUAUUAUUCUUCUCCCGUCGAUCGGUACCACAGCGCCUCCAGGGGAUACCAUCAUGGCGGAGGGUGGCAGAGUUCGCGAGGGAAUUCGAAGGGUAAAGGUGACGGGAGUGGAGCAGCGUUGAGUGCCUUGACCUUGCUUGCCUUUCUGUUCCUGAUAAAUGUCAUGCAGCAAUCCUUGCAGGACACGAACUCGACGAUGCCAACGAUGGCCACCGCGGUGUUGCUUCGGGACGGCGAGCUUCCGGUGGUCCUCGACACGAAGGAUGAGGUGGAAUUGAAGAAGCAGGACGAGGCGAGGCACAGGACACCAGCGAAAUCCAAGAUUCAAAGGCUUAACAAUCAGUAUAUUAAAUAAAACGAAUCGGUACAUAAUGAUUGAUACACGAUAGUAGUCGAAAAAGGAUGGAGAAAAUCAACACGGAUCGAUCGGAUUGGAAGCUGCUUCGCGCUCGUUUAACAAUCCAUCCUUGACGCCGCCUUUUACAUCUGUAUUUUUAAGAUAAUAUUUAUUUGAAUCAUUCUGUAACAAUUCCUUAAACGGAUGUGCCUCUCACGAAAUACCGUAUAUUAAUAGCGUAACGCUUGUUAUUCUCUUAAUGCACUCUCUUCUAGCUCGCUUCGACGUUCAUAUUUGUAUUCGUUCCUUCUCGUUUCACCGUUUUUCGGUUUUCACCGUUUUAAUUCCCGGUCUCGGUUAAUUUACCCGCUAGAUUUAAUUAUAUACAUAUAGAAUCUGUUUUCUGUUCUCAAUUGGAAUCAAUGUAAUCAGCCGUAUAAUUUCUUUUAAGAAUAAACAGACAUAUAUACAGCGAAAAA